AUGAAUGAAUACAUGUACAUAACAACCACCACAUCCAACAACGAUAAACUAGAUUCUUCCCUUUUUCGCCUUCCUUCUCCACCACCCAACAACAACUCCACCACCACCACCGCCAACUUUACUUCUCCCUUUCAACAACAACUUUUUUCUUCCUCUGAUGAUCCAACUAGCUGUAUUCUCGCCGACACGUGGACAUCAUCUUCAUCCUCAACAGCACAACCACAACCAUCAUCAUCAUCCACACCCACAGACCCUACCAAUAACGAUCCUACGGCUUGUGAUUUACGUGACAUACUCAUGUACUAUCGUUCACAGCCUGAUCUCUUGAGGCUGAUAUUACUUAGCAAAGUUGAAGAAGACAAGCGACGUACUGAGGAAGCUCGUUUACGUGCAAAAGAGCUUGAUAUUAUGCUUUUACAACAACAACAAGAGUUGAUGAUCGGCAUGCUUCCGGGAACCAUGGCGACAGCAGAUGAUCAACAGCUGGAAGAAUCUCCUCGAAAAAGAGCUCGAGAACCUUCUGAUACCCUAUUCCCCAUCUCACCCACGGAUGAGCAACAACCACCACAACACCCGACAAUGGAUAACAACAGCAAUGACGAGCCACCUUCUUUUCCAUCCACCCUCGAUACCAAUACCAUAGUCCCCUCAUCAUCUUCAUCAUCAUCCACCCCCACAUCGCUUUUCCAUUUGGCAAGCAGCUAUGUACCAUCACAACCCAACAAUCUCAACAACGAUUCGGUCAGCGAACAAGAUUCGAUAACCACAGGCUCUGUACGACGUCCCCCUCGACGGCGGCGAGAGAUGCAAGCUAUUACCAAGAUCGUUGAGACACGAGAAUAUCCUUACAUGGAUGGCUUUUUUUGGAAGAACAAUGGCAACACGGUACAAAAAAAGACUGGCAACAAGAGCAUUUACUAUAAAUGCUCCAAUAGCAGCAAGGGCUGUCCUGUAAACAAAACAGUGACAUGGAAGGAGAAUGGCGAAUACCUGAUCAAGUAUCGCGGAGAGCAUUUACCGGAAUGCGGCAAAGUAGAACGUAUCAUUGAUGUAUAG